ACUGUCAAUCUGCAAACUAUCCGUGUUUCAGCGUGUGUAAAGCUAUUGGGCACUCGGGUAAAUUGUACCAAACUAACGCGAAUUACGAUUGAUUCGUAAGCGAAUUGAUCCGCCGUGGAAUUGGAUGGUUACAUUUGUAACAGAACAAUCCAUUGUUCAGCAAAUCAGAUCCAAAUUCCGUGGUGCCAGUUCGUCGACGCUGUGUUGCAGAUUGGCAUCUCGAUUCCGUACCUACAAUCAUGGAAAAUUCACAAACCAAGCGUAGCACCAGAUCGGCGGCACCUCCUGCGGUUUCCGCCGAGAUGCCAGAACUCAAAGAAGAACCUAUCGAUGACGACAUUUCCCUCGAUCACACAAGACAGGCUGCAACAGAAACCACACAUCAGGAGGGUUUCCUAAGCAGUGGUGCUAGAGAUCCAUUUUUGGAUGAAAUGGAAAUCGGCGAGACCAGCAUUACGUUUCCGAAUGCCUUUCUCGAUGCGUUUGGGCAAGACGUCAAGACUGAACAACCAACUGCAGAGGAGAGUGAUUUAAAUGCUGAAGCCGUUGAAGCUGCUGGUUCGAGUACUGCAAAGAGAAAAAACUGUGACGACGAAGAAUCAGAAGAGGACUCAAGCAGUGCAACGAAAAGGCUGCCAAAUUCUAACUCAUCAAUAAUACGUUGCAAAAUAGUACAAACACGCGAUGCCAAAGGGCAUGUAAAGCUUAGCGUUGUUCCUGAUCACAGGGUUAGCGUACCCAGCAAUCCACUAAAAAUCCGAUUAAACUGCACAGAAGCUAACGAGCAAACACAAAUCCACAAGCACAGUAUCUACCAGGAAGUAGAACGGUCGAAGCAGGAACACCAAAGGAUAACUUCUGAAGAUGCGGACUCAUUAAUUACUAUGUCGGACGAAUCGUUGUCUGAUUUUUCUGUGAAUAAUUCAAUGAUCGUACAUACAUUACAGGAUGAUAAUAGUGACAUUGAAGAUCCUACAUCCAAACAAACAACAACCCCUGUGUCAAGAGUAGCAGCGAGCAAUAUCGGCAUAUCAGAAUCGAAAAUGAUCCGCAAAGCACGCUGCUCAAAUUGCAAAACAAUGACAGCGAUGCUGAAAGCACAGACAAAGUUGCUAAUCAAUAUUCGAUCGCAGCAAAAACGUACCACAAAUGAAAUGUUGAAAAAUCAAAAAAUUCUUAUGAAUCGUAUGGCCGCUAUGGAGUUACGAAUUAAAACAUUACUCAACGAUGAAAACGCUGACGAGGCGAAUAAAAACGCUAACGAAUCCAUUCCCUCUUUCGAUCAGCCACUCGUUGCCAGCCUUGAAGGGCUCGAAAAGUUGGAUAAAGAUUUGGAGGAUGAAGGCUACUUUCGAAACUUGACGAAUGAACUGCUGAUACAAAUUGUUGACGAGGAUCCUAACAAUAGAAUGUUGACUGUGCUCGAUGCCAUAUUCGACAAGACAUUCUUAACGACAUGCUCAUGGACGGGCAUAUCUAAAAAAAGCAGAAAAAUAGCAAUGGUUUCUUAUCAAAAUGUCUUGAAAGUUUUCCAAUCAGUUGGUAGUACCCAUGAGGACAAGGUAACCAAGGAUAUGGUACAGUCGUUUUUCAUGAACAAGCUGAAACAUGCCAAAGAACGGUUGAAAGCGAAAGGGCUGGUGCGAUCAAAGUGUCGAACGAGACAAACUUUUACACUGUACAAAUGAAAGAGUGAAACAUGCUAUGGUUAUGUAUAGUAGUUGUGUAGGAUAAGGAACAAAAUAUAAUGCACUUUUAAAAUAAAGUAAUAAACACAUAUAAAUUACAUGCUUUCCUUGGUCAUCUACAUUCGAAGUAUAAGCAUCUUCUAUGUAUAUGUGACAUGUUAAAUGACAUGCUGAAAUAGUACUUAUCCUCCCAGUUCAGAUAUCUAACAGUAACACAAUCUGUAUAUUGAACUGACGGCUACAAUCUAGAAGUGGUAGAAGAGUUCUGCUAUCUUGGGACGAUCGUUACUUCGGACAACGACAUCAACAUUGUUGAUAUGUGAGGUAUAUUGCACAUUGAUUCACCUUAGUGGUCCUGAGCGGAGGAUACAAACACUCUAUGCGUGUUUGAACGACACAUCCUCGGGACUAUCUUUGGCGGUGUGUUCGAGUAUCGAGUUUGGAGGAGAAGGAAGAACCACGGUGCUUGCUGAGCUGUACGGUGAUAGGACCAUUCUGAUGGUGGCGAAGGUUGGCAGGAUACGAUGGCUGGGGCAUGUUAUGAGGUUGCCAGACUCAUGACCCAUAAAGAAGGUGGUCCACAGCGACCCUUAGUUAGUUCUGCAUGAGGCGCAGGGGAGCACAGCCAGCUCUUUGGCUGAACCAGGUAAAGGUUUGUCGAAGAUCGAAUGUCUACAUGGAUGGGAGGCUACAACCAGGGACCGCGCAUCCUGUAGAAGCAAUGUUGACUAGGCCACGUGUCGACGACAUGCUCUUUUCUGAGUAGGCCAAAAAGACAGAGAGGGAGAAAGACCUUCGCUGUUAUCCUGCCAAUGAUGUCGAUGUACCGGUGCCACAUAUGUCAUUGUCUAGCCUCGCGCUUCGAAUGAAACCUUCCAGGAUGAUGUUAAAGAGCAGACAGAAGAGUCCGUCAUCUUGCAUCAGAUUCUUGUGAGAUUUGAAUGUCAAGUUCGAUACUCUUACUUUGCACUAAGCCUCAUUCAUUGAGGCCUCUAACAGUCGGCUCAACUUCCCAGAGAAGUGGUACCGCUGCAUGAUGUUCCAACAGGUGGUGCGUAGGGAUCCGGCGAUCUCGGCACUUCUGGAUGAUCUGUCAAAAUCUGUCGAGUGAAAAUUUAGUCGGUAGUGGAUUUACCUCCAACAAACCCAGCUUGGUAGCUGCCAAAAAAAUUAUAGCAAGGGGCGCAAGUCUGCAGAACAGGAUCGGGGACAGGAUCUUGUAGGCGGCAUUCAGGACUGUGAUGGCUUGAAUGUACGAGCAAUCUAGACUGUCGCCCUUUUUGUAGUUAAGGUUAAUAACACUCAGUUUCCACUCCUCCGGUAGUUCCUCCUGCUCCCAGAUUCGCACGAUCAGCUAAUGCAUUUCAACGGUAAGCCUCUUCGUGUAGAGUUCAGCCGUCAACCCAUCUCUGUCAGAAGACUUAUUGCUCUUAAGCUGCUUGAUGGCGCUGGCAAUUUCAUCCAAAGAUGGCGGGGACAACUUGUCGUCUGUACCAAUGCUGUCGCUGUUGUUACUGCUGUGCUGUUGCUGUGUUGGUUGCCUUGUUCUGCCACUUGCGCCAGCCUCUCCUGCCUCUGCUUCAUUCUGGUGUCCUUCGAAGUAGCACUUCCAUCUAUCGAUCACCUCCUGCUCACCUGUCAGAAGAAUUCCUUCCCAGCACAUUACGGUUUUAGGAGCAAACCCGCUCCGUGCCUUCUUCAAUCUCCUGUAGAAUAAGCGGGUGUCCUCCGACUGGGAAAACUGCUCCAACAGCUGUUCAUCUGAUUCUUCCAAACGGCGCUGCUUGGCUUGAAAGAGCAGGGUUUGCUGUUUCCGAUCUCGGGAACCUGCACAAUCAUGUGUUUCAGGCUUCGGGUCGUACGCAAUGUCAGAGAUGUAAACAGCUCGAAUACUUACUCAAUGUCAGGGAUUAUGUACACAGCUAUGGCAGUUGGAGUACGUUUGAGGGAUAUACAGUCUGUUUUCGACUUACGCGGAUUCGGAGAUACGCAGUUUUCUAAAUUUAACAGAACAAAUGUCAAAUCAGUAGAAUUUGCUUAAAGAAUUGUCCAAUGAAGUAUAAAUUGCUUUUUUUUUGAUAAACAAUCUAUUCCAGGAUAUUCUGCGCUAAUCGUAUCAAUGAUUAAGUGAUAAAAUGUUUAAAAGUACCAAAUUUGAUUAAAAAAACUCAGUAAUUAAAUGUAGUUUAGCUAAAAACAUCAAAUUUGACCUCUGCGGAUUCAAUUUUGACUUCUGCGGAACAAAAUCAAGUUGAUGAUUAUCAAUCGCCUACACUAACUGCUUCUUGAUAAUCAAAAAAUGACUCUCUUUUUCGUCAUCUGAUCGACCAUAUACACGGUCAUGUUGAACUUUUCAGUGUUCGCCUACAACGUGGUGCUUCGUGACGCUUCAGCUGAUGCGUUUCCUUCAAUACCACGUCUGUCUGCGUCUUGAUCAGCCACGACAGCCUAUCGAUUCAGUCGAGAAGUUCUCUCUGACGUGUUGUUCAACAGGUACUCCUUCCUGUCGUCAUCGAUAUCUUCUUCCUCCUCUUGGUCGUAUAUCAACGGUUCGAUCAGUUUCUCUAUAUCACGAGCAGACACGAUAUUUUUCGUCGGUUUCAUGCGCACCCCGAUGUCAACGUUUUCACGUACCUGAUUGCUGAUCAUACCUCCUUCAUUGAAGUGACCAAGAUGGCGAUGCUGGUCAGUACGCUUCACUUCCGCUGUUGGCUUCCAUUUCUUUUUCGACUGUCUCCCACGAAUGCCGUAGGCUUAUCUUCAAAAUUUUCCAUUUAUUCCAGGCGCUUACAAUCGUCAUCUAGCAACCGGGUCUUUAUUAACU